GACUCUCUCCUCUCUCUCUUUCUUUCUUCCUAUCCAUUACUCUAUCAAUACUUCCUUUCCCCCCUACCUAUAGGUCAUUCAUUCUUUCAUUCUUUCAGUCAAUUCAUUAAUUCUUUCCCCUCCCCCUUACCUCCCCGUCCGUCGCGCCAUCCCUCUCUCUCCCGACCGGUUCUCCAUCCUUUCCAUUCAACUCCUUGUCCGGUCGCAUCCAUCCUCCCUCUCCCCCCUCCGGUCCCCCUCAAUAAUCAAUCUUCCGACCACCUGCUGUCCCACGAUGCCUCCUUACGAAUUGCGAUCUGGCGGGGAUGUCAAGAACAAGAAGCAGAGUGUCGCCGACCUCAAAUAUCGUCGUCUUACCGAGCUUAACACCCGUCUGAAGGAGGAUCUUGACCGUCCUCGGGUGAAGGUCUCCGAGGCUGCUCUUUCCUUGAUCAACUACUGCAACAACACGCGCGACUUUAUGGUACCGUCCGUAUGGGGCCAGGUCGACAAGCGUGAGGAUCCCUACGCUCCCCAACAGCAGGGCGGCUGCUGCACGGUCAUGUAAUGCCGUUCAUGUCCAUUUCACCUCCGAUCGGCUGUCCACCGCCGAUUCAUUGAUAUCCCUAUCGCGAUGACUUCUACUUAAUCUUUCUUCUUCUUCCUCCUCCUCCUCUUUCUUCCUUUUCGUUCAUGUCUUUUCUCGGCUUUCCUCCAUAAUGGCAGUCCCGUGUGGUGUUUUAAGGAAAAUGCGCGAUGUCAGGCUCAGACCACCGAAGGCGCGCUGGCCUGCAUACUUCGGGACGCGACAAUCAAGACAUGACGAUUAUUAAUUUUCUUUGGAUUACACUAAUGUGUUCUUUGGAUUACACUAAUGUGUUCUUCUGGAUUGCACUAAUGUGUUUUUCUGGAUUACACUAAUGUGUGGUUCUUAUUUAUUUUUUUUUCUUUUCAUCUUUCCAUUCAUGUUCAUCUUCUCUUGCCAUGUGAAAUUAUUCUCUGGAUUAUUACCCUUUCCUUUGUCAGUGACUAGUCAGAAUAAAUCAGUUAAACCAAGGA